UACAUAUGAAACAGAAAAGUGUGUAUCAACAAACUCAAGCACUUCUGUGCAAAAAUUUUCUUCAGAAAUGGAGGACGAAAAGAGAGAGUGCGUGGGAAUGGGGGGUCCCAAUACUUCUAGGACUGUAUAUGGGCCUAUUUUCAAAUUUAAAAGAAAAUAUCCAUUUUCCUGAAAUGCCUCCUCAGGAUCUGGGAAGGGUAGAUAAAUUUAAUGGCUCUUCCAUGGUUGUCGUGUAUACACCGAUCUCUGAUAUAACCCAGCAGAUAAUGAAUAAAACGGCAUUUGCUCCCUUUUUGAAAGGAAGAAGAGUCAUUGGGGCACUAAAUCAAAAACAUAUCGAUGAAAUGCUUCUAGAUGAUUUCCCAUACGUAGUAGGAGUCAUCUUUAAUGACACUUUCUCUUAUAAGUUAAAAUUUCUUCAGGGAUAUGCCAUUCCAUUUUUGAAGGAAGAACUUUUCUCAGCUCAUUGCUGGGAUACACAUUAUGGGUUUUCAUGUUCACUGGCCAAAUACUGGAAUAGAGGAUUCGUGACUUUACAAGCUGCAAUUAAUGCUGCUAUUAUAGAAAUCAUGACAAAUCACUCUGUGAUGGAGGAGUUGAUGUCAGUUACUGCUGUAAAUAUGAAGACAUUACCUUUUAUAUCUAAAGACAUCCUUCAAAAUGAGAUGUUUAUUUUCUUCUGUUUACUUUACUUCUCCCCAUUUAUAUAUUUUCUAUCAUUCAAUGUUACAAAAGAGAGAAAAAAGAGUAAGGAUUUGAUGAAAAUGAUGGGUCUACAAGAUUCAGCAUUCUGGCUUUCCUGGGGUUUAAUUUAUGCUGCCUUCAUCUUCAUUACUUCCAUAAUCAUUACAGCUAUCAUAACAUCUACCCAAAUUGUAGUCAUGACGGGCUUCAUGGUCAUAUUUACACUCUUUUUCUUAUAUGGCUUAUCUUUGAUAGCUUUAGCAUUCCUGAUGAGUGUGUUGUUAAAGAAAACUGUCCUCACCAAUUUGGUUGUGUUUCUCCUCACUCUCUUUUUGGGGUGUGCAGGAUUCACUGCAUUUUAUAGACAAAUUCCUUCAUCUUUGGAGUGGAUUUUGAGUAUUUUUAGCCCCUUUGCCUUCACUGCUGGAAUGACUCAGAUUAUCCACCUGGAUUAUAAUAUGAAUGGUGUAAUUUUUCCUGACCCUUCAGGAGAAUCAUAUAUGAUGAUAGCGACUUUUUCCAUAUUGGCUUUUGAUGCUCUCUUCUACUUGGUAUUGGCAUUAUACUUUGACAAAAUCUUACCCUAUGGAAAUGAACGCCAUUAUUCUCCAUUAUUUUUCCUGAACUCAUCAUGUUGUUUCCAACGCCAAAGGACUGAUAAUAAGGUCACUAAGAAAGAAAUAGAUCCUGAGCAUCCCUCUGAUGAUUAUUUUGAACGAGUAGCUCCAGAAUUCCAAGGAAAAGAAGCCAUCAGAAUCAGAAAUGUUAAAAAAGAGUAUAAAGAAAAGUCUGGAAAAGUGGAAGCAUUGAAAGGCUUGCUCUUUGACAUAUAUGAAGGUCAAAUCACAGCAAUUCUGGGUCAUAGUGGAGCUGGCAAAUCUUCAUUACUAAACAUCCUUAAUGGGUCGUCUGUUCCAACAGAAGGAUCACUUACCAUCUAUAACAAAAAUCUUUCUGAAAUGCAAGACUUGGAGGAAAUCAGAAAGAUAACUGGCAUUUGUCCUCAAUUCAAUGUUCAAUUUGACAUCCUCACUGUGAAGGAAAACCUCAGGCUAUUCGCUAAAAUAAAAGGGAUUGAGCCACGGGAAGUGGAGCGAGAGGUACAAAAAGUUUUGUUGGAAUUGGACAUGCAAAACAUUCAAGAUAACCUUGCUGAACAUUUAAGUGAAGGCCAGAAAAGAAAGCUGACCUUUGGGAUUGCCAUUUUAGGAGAUCCUCAAGUUUUGCUAUUAGAUGAACCAACUGCUGGAUUGGAUCCCUUUUCAAGGCACCGAGUAUGGAGCUUCCUCAAGGAGCGCAAAGCAGACCGUGUAAUCCUCUUGACUACCAAUUUCAUGGAUGAGGCUGACAUCCUGGCUGAUAGAAAAGUGAUCUUGUCCAAUGGGAGGCUGAAGUGUGCAGGCUCUUCUGUCUUUUUGAAGAGAAGAUGGGGUCUUGGAUAUCACUUAAGUUUGUACACAAAUGAAAUAUGUGAUCCAGAAAAAAUAACAUCCUUCAUUAAUCAUCACAUCCCUGAUGCUAAAUUGCAAGCAGAAAGCAAAGAAAAGCUUGUGUAUACUUUGCCUGCGGAAUGGACAGAUAAAUUUCCAGACCUUUUCAGUGAUCUUGAUAAGAGUUCCGGCCAAGGUGUGAUGAGUUAUGACGUUUCCAUGUCAACUCUGAAUGAAGUCUUCAUGAAACUGGAAGGAAAAUCAGCUAUGGAACAAGACUUUGAACAAGCAGAAAGGAUAAGAGACACAGAAAGCCUGCACAAAACGGAGCUGGCUCGCUCUUCUCUCCCUGAAAUGCAGAAGGCUCUGAGUGACAUGGGCCUCUGGAGGAUGCAGGUCUGUGCAAUAGCGUGGCUCCGUUUCUUAAAGUUAAAACGUGGAAAGAAAACGCUUUUGGCCCUACUAUUGGUAUUUGGAAUUGCAAUGUUCCCUUUGAUUGUGGAAAAGAUACUUUAUGCUGUAUUAAAUGAAAAGAAUGAUUGGGAAUUUAAACCUGAAUUGUAUUUCCUCUCUCCUGGACAACUUCCCCAAGACUCUCGUACCAGCCUUUUGAUCAUCAAUAACACAGACUCAAAUAUUGAAGAUUUUAUACAGUCACUGAAGCAUCAAAAUAUACUUUUGGAAGUAGAUGACUUUGAAAAUAGAAAUGGCACUGAUGACCUGUCAUACAAUGGAGCUAUCAUAGUUUCUGGUAAACAAAAGGAUUAUAGAUUUUCAGUUGUGUGCAAUACCAAGAGACUGCACUGUUUUCCUAUCCUUAUGAAUAUUAUCAGCAAUGGGUUACUUCAAAUGUUUCAUCAUACACAAUCUAUUCGAAUUGAGAGAAGAUCAUUUCAUUUGAAUUAUGUACUAAUCUGGGCUGAGCUGCUGGAAGGCUCCUUUUUCUUAUUUCUGGUUGUGUGCAGCAUUUCUCCCUACAUCGCCAUGAGCAGUGUCAGCGAUUACAAAAAAAGAACGAAGUCCCAGCUAUGGAUUUCGGGCCUCUACGCGUCUGCUUACUGGUGUGGGCAGGCACUGGUGGAUGUUACCUUCUUUGCUUUUAUUCUCCUUUUAAUGUACUUAAUUUUCUAUGUAGCAAACAUAGCGCACAUUUAUCUCACAAGUCGAAUUGUGUUUGCUUUGGUUGUAAUUACGCUUGGUUAUGCCAUUUCCCUUAUUUUCCUGACCUAUGUGAUAUCGUUUAUUUUUCGCAAGAGGAGAAAACACAGUGGCCUUUGGGUAUUUUGCUUCUCUUUUACCUCAAUCAUCAUGUUUGGCAUCGUUUCAAUGAAUCGAGCCGACUUACGUAGCUUGGUUCCUAGCAUGGUGUUAGUUCCCUCAUCUACCUUGAGUGGAUUUAUAGCUUUUUUGGGAGAGGGAGUCAACAAGCACCAAGAUAAUGUUCAAGACCCAAAUUAUGAUCUAAGUGGAGUUGAUUUUCUAUUAUGCCUAAUACCUUACUUUCAGGCUUUGCUAUUUGUUUUUGUUCUAAGACGCAUGGAAAUAAAGUGUGGAAAGAAAAUAAUGCGAAAGGAUCCUGUUUUCAGAAUUUCCCCCCAAAGUAGAAAUGUUCGACCAAAUCCAGAAGAACCUGUAGAUGAAGAUGAAGACGUUCAAGCAGAAAGAAUAAGAACAGCAACCGCCCUGACCACUUCAAACUUAGAGGAGAAACCAGUCAUAAUUGCCAGCUGUCUACACAAAGAAUAUGCAGGCCGGAAGAAAAGUUGCUUUUCAAAGAGGAAUAAGAAAAUAGCAGCAAGAAACAUCUCCUUCUGUGUUAAAAAAGGUGAAAUUUUGGGAUUGCUGGGACCCAAUGGCGCCGGUAAAAGUUCAUCUAUUAGAAUGAUAUCUGGAGUCACAAGGCCAACAGCUGGAGAGGUGGAAUUGCAAGGAUGUAGUUCGGUUUUGGAUCAUCAGGUAGAUGACACGGUCAAGUUCCUGGGGUACUGCCCUCAGGAGAACGUGCUGUGGCCCAACCUGACAGUGAGGGAACAUCUGGAGGUGUUCGCUGCCGUGAAAGGGCUGAGGAAAGGGGACGCCUCCGCUGCCAUUUCACGAUUGGUGGAUGCUUUCAAACUGCAUGAGCAGCUGAAUGUUCCAGUGCAGAAAUUAACAGCAGGAGCCGCUAGAAAGUUGUGUUUUGUGCUGAGCAUCCUGGGAAAUUCACCUGUCUUGCUUCUGGAUGAACCGUCUACAGGCAUGGAUCCAACAGGACAGCAGCAAAUGUGGCAAACGAUCCAGAAAGCCGUUAGAAACACAGAGAGGGGCGCCCUCCUGACCACUCAUUACCUGGCUGAGGCUGAGGCCUUGUGUGACCGCAUGGCCAUCAUGGUGUCUGGAAGACUCAGAUGCAUCGGCUCCAUCCAACAACUGAAAAGCAAAUUUGGCAAGGAUUACAUUCUAGAACUGAAAGUAAAGGAUGUUUCUCAAGUGACUUUGGUGCACAUCGAGGUUCUGAAGCUUUUCCCACAGGCUGCACAGAGGGAAAGGUACUCCUCCUUCUUGGCCUAUAAACUGCCCGUGGCGGAUGUUCACCCUCUAUCUCAGGCCUUUAACAAAUUAGAGACAGUGAAACGUAACUUUAACCUGGAAGAAUACAGCCUGUCUCAGUGCACACUGGAAAAAGUGUUCCUGGAGCUUUCUAAGGAGCAGGAGCUGGGAAAUUUUGAUGAGGAAGUUGACACAACCAUGAGAUGGAAACUCCUCCCUCAUUCAGACGACCCUUAAAACCUCAAGCCUAACCAUUCUUUGUUGAUGUCAUAUAAGCGUCGUUGUAUGUACUAAUUAGCAGUAUGUAUAAUUUUAAAAAUCAUCAACAUCAAUAUUAGGUUUAUUUUGUAUAUUUAGUUAAUCAAUGAAUAAGUUUUAAAAUUAUUCCUCCCCUCAAAUUUAGGGGUGAUAGAAAAUCUGGCGAUAAAGGCAAUACAAAAUAUUAAGAUACCUGAAAAGCCAAGCACUGGGUGUUGUGGAAAUAAUACCACAAACUUGCAAUUUUUAAAAAUAUAGUCUUUUAGAAAUAUGAUAUUUACUAAAAAAUUCCCUUGCUGAAAUAUGUGAAGGGUGUAUUUAACAGCCAGAAGCUGCGUGAUUGCUGCAUGCCAGUAUGUGAUACACUGGGUUUAUGAGCUUGCUUUAAUACAUAAGCACAACCCAAGAGUCUUCCUCUGAAACCUUUUCAGAAAUUGUUUUAAAAUUCACAGGGUCUGGAGUCCCUUGAACUGGAUGAACAAGCAUGUGCAUUGGAAGAGCAGUUCAAAUAGACUUAUUGAAAACAAUGCGAGUCAUAGCAGCAUUGGUUCAGAUUUUUAAAAUUUGAAUACAUUAUAUUGAGUUCUUACGAUUGUGGGGGAUGCUGAUUUCCCUCAUCAAUAGUUUUC